AUGGCUACAUCUUCUACUAUUGUUCACAAUGUUUAUCUACCUGCUGAUGCAAUUCCAACUGCUGAAACAAGAAUCAAGCUUGCAGAUCGUAUUUUGAUUUCUCCUCUCGUGCUGGGUACUUGGGCCUGGGGUGAUACACGUAUUUGGAAUUGGACUCCUGAAUCAGAUCCAAAAGCCAAGGACGCAUUUGACAUUUCGAUAUCUAAGGGAAUCAACACGUUUGAUACCGCUGAAGGUUAUGGCAAUGGAGAAAGUGAACGUUGUAUUGCUCGCUACAAGGAAAAUCAUCCAGCUGCUACAGAUAUUGUGAUUGCUACAAAGUUUUUUCCUACUCCUUUCAAGUUAUUCUAUCCAUCUUCACUCAUUAGUGCUCUUCGAGAAAGUCUUGCAAGAUUGAAGGUGGAAUGCGUCGAUCUUUAUCAAAUUCAUGGUCCCAUUCAUCUUCGUUCCAUCGAAGUCAUUGGUGAUGCAUUAGCUGAAGCUGUCAAACUUGGCCUCACUAAGACUGUUGGCGUUUCGAAUUAUUCAACAGCAGAAAUGAUCAGAAUGUACGAUUGUUUACAAAAGCAUGGCAUUCAACUUGCAUCAAAUCAAGUCGAAUAUUCGCUUAUUCGACGAUUGCCAGAGACAUCUGGUCAUAUUGCUGAAUGUCAUAAACGAGGUGUUGCCGUUCUAGGCUACUGUCCACUUGGCAUGGGUGGUUUAACAGGUAAAUACUCGAGAGCGAAUCCACCUCCUGGCAACCGUAAAUGCUCGAGAAUCAACAUGGAUGAAUUGGAACCACUAUUAGAAACGAUGCGAAGUAUUGCCACCAAACGCAAUGUUAGCGUUUCAUCCAUUGCGCUCAAUUAUGUGAUAUGCAAAGGCGUGAUUCCACUUGGUGGAGCUAAAGACGGAAAUCAAGCGGAACAAAAUGCCGAAUGUUUGGGAUGGCGCUUGACCAAUGAAGAAAUCACAGAAUUGGAAAAUCAUCCUAUCAAUCGACAACCAACAUUCUUCGAAAGUAUAUGGCAACAUGGAUGA